CCCUCCCCCACCUCCCAUUCCCCUCUCCUCCUUCCCUUCUCCCGUUUUCCAUCUUCGUUUCCGUCUGUCGGCCGGACGCACAAUCACCAUGACGAACCCCAAGAUUCCCGAGCCCACCAUCGACGGCACCUUCUCCCACAAGGGUUACUGCAAUGCCUGCCGCAUUGUCGGCUCGGUUUCCUUCGCCGCCGCCUCCGCCUACGUGGCGUAUGAGGGUUUCCGAAACUUCAAGCUCACCGGUGCCAAGCCCGUGCCUUACUAUCUGGGGUCUGGCGUGCUGCUGGCCAUCGCCGUGGCCCGGUGGGUGACCAAGCCCCCGGCCGAUGUGCAGCUGGCUGCCAUGCAGCGUGAGGCCGAUAAGAAGAUGCUCGAGCAGCUGUAAUGCCCGAUCUUGCCCCCCCUCCCCCCCCCUCUCUCUCUCUCUCUGGAUGUGCCGCGCGAUCUCUUUGCCACCCCUCUGCCCUUUUUCUACCAUCCUCCCCUCCCCCUGUGAAAAAAAGCCCCCGUCUCGGCACUCCUGGCGUGCUGGCACCUUGCCUCAUCAUCUCGCUUCCUUGCUGAUGUUACGACAGGGAGACCCAGCUGUGUGGGACCUUUAGAUGCCUGCGCGCCGGGCCCCGCUCUGCCUGAUCCAUCAUCCAUCCGUCUAUCUCUAUCUCUCUCUAUAUAUAUGCAUAUGCAUGCACACGUUCUCGCAUGUUUCUUUGGUUUUUUUUUCGCGUGCGCGCCUUGACGACGCGCUUGUGCCGAACCCUGCCCUGCCAGGCAUCCCUCCCUCUUUCGGGGCAAAAAGAGCACUGCCCGGUCCGG